AAAAUCAAGGAUAAUGGUACCUCCAUUUAACUCAUCCAGAUCCAUUGGAUUGAUGGAGAUGAAAGGGAACCAGCUAAUUUAAAAUGGAAAUGAGUCUGGACGUAAAAGUAUCGAAAUGAUUCUGGACAUAAAAGUAACUACCUCGACUCACACUUUGCACUAAUUUGUUCUUCAUCAUCUUGCGUCAUUUUGAAUGAAUUUUCUCAGCACAACACCAUCGGAAUCGGAGAAGAUUAGCGGCGCCGGCGCCGGCGAUCUUGGCGUAGGAUGCCUUACGGCAGCAGCAGCUUUAGAUUGAGGUUGAGAGCUUUACAGACAUGGAUUCUAGACUAUGACAACCUCCAGUGGCUCGCGCUUAGGUUGAUUUACUCUCAAAUAGGCUGCGCGUUGAUUGGAUCGCUCGGCCCAAUUUACAACGGUGUUUUGCUCGUCGAUUUGGGGAUUUCGCUGUUUGCGCUCGUCGCCAUCGAGAGCAGCAAUCAGAGCCUCGCCAGGACAUACGCCUUUCUUCUCUUCUGUUCCAUUUGCCUCGACCUUUCCUGGUUCUUCAUUUUCUCCAAUCAUAUUUGGACUAUUCCAUCUGAAUUUUAUGGUGCCUUUGGUAGCUUUUUGGUCAAGCUGACCUUGUUCAUGCAAAUCAUUGGAUUUUCAGUGAGGCUAUCGUCAUCACUACUGUGGAUUCAGAUGUACAGACUGGGUUCUUCGUACAUUGAUAAUUCUGGUGCUGGAGAUGCAGAAGCAGAUUUGAGAAAUAGUUUUAUCAACCCUGCUACUCCUAUUGUUCGAGCUCCUUCUGGUUGUGAUGAUGCUAUUGGAAGAUCAAUAUAUGAUCAUGCAUAUUACUCGUCCCUAUUUGAUCCUGGCAAGAAUGGCACUUGUUCUUCUGCGGUAUGCUUCCGCUGCACUAUCUUAAUUAGUGGCAUACUCAGCAAUUAUGCUCCAAGACUUCCAAUGCCUUGCCUUUGUCGUGUGACUAGUUUGUAUGCCUGUAUGGUGGAUAGGGUUAGUCCAAAUCAUCUAUUUUCAGUAAUAGAAUCAGUCCCUACUGCUGAAAUUUCACCAAUGGGCGGAUCUCUUCCUGUUAAAGAUGAUGAGAAUGCUAUGAGAAAGCUCCAGGCAAUUUGAAAUGGUGAUGAUGGAUUUUUUUUGGUGUGGGUUCCCAUUCCUCAUAAUUUUUUAUUCGGUGGACUAAUUAUGUUAUCUCAAGUGAAUGAAUAUAUAGGUAGCAAGAAUUUGUACAGAUAUUCCGUACACGAUUCCUUUUUCCAGUAAAAUAUGGAGAGAAGAAUCAUCUUUUUGUAAAGUUGAAAGCAUAGCAAGACUUUAACAUAUGAUCCUUAUUGUUGGGUUCUCGUUGCUCACUCGUUUAGUGGCGACAAUGGUGACAAUGGUGAAAGUUUGAUUAAGUGGGAUUUUGAGUUUGUAUGAAAAUAAUAUUUUAAAGUAUAAUGAUAAAAAUUGAUUUGAUCUAAAAGUUUUAAGAUGUGUGAUUGGAAGAUGACUGGAAGAGACAGAGUGAUUUGAAGUGAUGUGAGUGAAUGAACAGUGAAUUAAAGUUGAUGUGAUGUGUGAAGAUGAUUGAUUUGUAUUAUUUAAUU